CGGUACUGCUCACAAUGCCUGCCACCAGAAUUAACCACAAUUUCAAACAUAAGGAGCUGAGUUACGAUGCUACUCCCAACUAUCAGCCCGCCAUCAAGGUGUCAGUCUUCUUUAAAAAGCUAGAGGGUGUCACCUUUGAGACAUUUUUCGAGCACUGGCAAACCGUUCAUGCAGACCUUGCCAUCGCCACGCAGGCCUUUCAGAACCACAUCCUGCGCUAUGCCCAGCACCACCAAACCCCGGAAAUGAAAGAGCGGGCACGCAGCCUUGGAGAGGGUGUUCUUGAAUACGACGGAUGUGCUCAACUGUGGGUGCGGACUUGGGACGACUGGUUGGCGUUUUAUAACAGCAAAGAGUACGCGGCGGCAUUGAGUGACGACUGUAACCUUUUUAUGCAGCUGCCGAUGACUUAUAUGAUUGGAUAUGAGAACCUGGUAGUUGGGGAUGCCUCCAGGGUUAUUGGGGGGCAGGAUGGGCUGAGCACGGGGAAGUGACUGGGCAGAUGUACACAAGUCGAGGGCAUGAGUCAGUCUAUACUGUUGUCCCCUAUAUAAGAUGCAGUUAGCC